AUGAGUUUUCAAGAUAAAGAUGAGAAACUAAUAAAAUCAAUUGAAUUUAACAGAUACUCACAGGUACAGCAGCAAUAUUUUAUACAAGCUAUUACUUCAGUGCUAUAUAAACCUGAGUACAAUACUGUUGUUUCAAGAGAAUAUGCAAACGAAAAAAACCAAGAUAUACAAGUUCAAGCAUACGCUAAGUUAUCAGGAGUUGAUUGGACUUAUUAUGUAAAGCAUGUAGAAAUUUUAAUUGGUAGAAAUAUCAAUUUAGAUGGUAAUUCACAAAAGAAGGAUGAUGAUCAAAAUUCCACAUCAUCUAUCACUAUAGAUUUAGGUCCUUCAAAAGUUGUAUCAAGAAAGCAUGCUUCUAUUAGUUUUAACAUGCAGACGGGAAAUUGGGAGUUUAGUGUGCUUGGUAGAAAUGGUGCCAAAGUUAAUUUCCAAAAAUUAUCUAUCAAUUCACCACCAUAUGCAUUAUAUUCAGGCUCAAUAGUAGAAAUUGGUGGUACACAAAUGAUAUUUAUUUUACCUGAUCGUACACCGUAUAUCUCAAAACGUUGUAUUGAAAAAUUUCUACCACAGCUUGUUGAAAAAUAUGGCGAAUUAUUUAAUUCAAAAGACAGAUCAAAAGUAAAUGAUGAUCAUAUUUUACUGACAGAUGUAAUUAAAGAUUCAGCAAUAUCAUCAACAGAAUUUGAAAACUUGAGUACUCCUUCCGAUAAAGAAGGAAGCAAAUCGAAGUCCCCACCAUUACGCCAACAAAAACAGCAACAGCAGCAGCAACAACAGCAACAGAUCAUCACUUUCAAAAUGUAUGGAAGCGAAAAUAGUAAACUUGCAAGCAAUAAAGUUUACAAAAAGUCAAUUCAAGGUAAUAGGCUAAAAAGCAACCAAGGAAAUAUUUUAUCCGCGCCUAGCAUGCCAAUUCCUAUUAAAUCUUCUGGUGGCGGUGACAACAAGAUUAAGCAUAGGUUUGUAGACUCUCAUGGCUAUGAGACUCGAAUUGAAAAUAGCAUAAGUUCGGAAUUUCCACAAACCAUUGAUUUCGCAUCUGAUUUAUCAAAUGAUGAGAAUAAAAAUAUUAAACCUGCGCAUUCAUAUGCCACAUUAAUCACUCAGGCUAUAUUAUCAUCUGGAGAUGGUCAAAUUUCGCUAUCUGAUAUAUACUCACAUAUAUCCACUAAUUAUGCAUAUUAUCGUCAUGCAAAUACAAGUUGGCAGAAUUCGAUACGACACAAUUUAUCUCUAAAUAAGGCCUUUGAGAAAGUCCCAAGAGCUGCUAACGAACCUGGUAAAGGUAUGAAAUGGAGAAUAAGCAAGGAUUACGAGGAAGAAUUUUUGAAAAAAUGGCAAUCAGGAAGAAACUCCAAGCUAAUUCGGAAAGGAACUUCAGUUGCGAGACAACUUCAAAUUCAUAUGUCUAAAUAUAAUAAGCUACCAUCUCAAGAAGUCAAAAAGGAAAACUCCAGCAUUAUUAUGAAGACAAAUUCUCCGUCUGACAAAUCUGCUGCUUCUAAAUUAUUAUUACAAGCCGAUAGAAUAGAUCCUAAUUUAUCAGAGACUUCUCAAACGCAAACACCUUACGAACGUAUAAAUGUCCCUAGGAUUAUUGCAAAUGAUGAUGCUAACACGUUAUUGUCCUUUAAGAAUAACUCUAAUAAUUUUAGUAAACCCCAAAUGGACUCUGCUAUGACAACGCCUGGAGGAGGUUUAGGACAAUCAACUUCCAAAGAAAAUUUGUUUGUAUUUAAUUCAAAUAUAAUGAAUAUCAAUUUGCCUAAACCAGUGAUCAAAAUUCCGAAGCAUGGUUCGGCUGUUCAUAAUAUCCCCUUUCAUACAAAUUUGCCAACACUCUCACCAACCAAUGACGAUAUGACGAGGUCCCCAGCAAGAGGAUUUCAAAUUAGUGCAGUUGAAGCAUAUACCCCUGAAAGAGGUAGUGGAAAUUACAACAAUUCGCCAAGACACUUACCAUUAACCUCUACGAAUAGGAACCUAAGUAAGUCGAGACGUAGUUCACCAAAAGGUAUUAAUUUUCAUUCCACUGAUAAAUUUGAACUUGCAAAGCUAACACCAAACAAUAACAGUAAGAAUUCCUUUUUAUUCUUUGGAAGUAAUAAAUCACAAAGAAUAUUAAGUUCGCCUAGUGUCUGGAAUCUAGUACAGUUGACGUCAGGUCAUGAUGUUCAAGGUUUAACACAAGAUAUCGAAAAGAACAAAAUGGAAGAAACAAAAAAGAAAUUACCACAGAAUGAUAGCGAUGAUGGAUGUGGCUUGCCUGAUUUUGCAUCUUCGCCGUUAAAACGUCAAAGUAAGCUAAAUGUGCCUAAAUUGAAAACGAGCGAAGCAUUAAUAAUUGAUCCAGAAAAUUCUGAGAUUUUAUUACCUAGUAAAUAA